UUAAAUUAUACCUUUGACUUGAAUUAAAAACAAUACAUUUUAACUUAGACAAAAUAUUUAAAAGUGCAUAGCAGAAAAGUAGCCUACUGUGAAGUUAUCCACCAUUGUCAUAAAAAGAAAAUAUAAUUAUAGAAAAACGUGUGAAAGAAAAGUGUGUUUUUAAUAGGAAAGGAAAUGCAUAUUUAUUUAUGUUUUACAGGGGGGAAAAGUGUCUACCACGCGUACCUACAAAAAUACUAUGAUAAGAAACCAUUUUAUCUUAUACAAACGUCGCUCAUAUGCAGAUCGUCGACACAUGUCUCACAGCAUUUGCGCCGUGCUCGCUUAGCGUCCUGACGAGAGCGCGCAAACCAUCUUGAAGACCUUUCGAAGAGCAAGAAGCACAUCAGACUCACCACGCGCUCCUGCUCCAGCCGGACAAUCUGAAGAUGAGCACAGCACUCAUACUAACCUUCCCCGCUCUGCUCAUGCUGCUCUACAUUCCUAGCUCAGAUCCUGUUACUGUGACGACAAGCAAAGCCAAAGUGGAGGUACAUGAAAACACAAAUGCUGUCCUGUCCUGUGAAUUCAAGACAGAGAAAGAAACAAACCCACGUGUUGAAUGGAAGAAGAGAGGCAAAGAUGUUUCGUAUGUUUAUUUUGAUGGAGAUUUUACAGGUUCAUUUAAGGGCCGUGCAUCCAUCGACGGGGCAACAAUGACCCUCCGUGGUGUUACACAGAAAGACUCAGGAGUGUAUCAUUGCGAAGUCACAGCCCGCCAUGACAAAAUCAAGCUGGGGGAGGUCACCGUCACCCUCAAUGUGCUUGUGGCACCACAUGCGCCGUCAUGUGAGGUCCCAGAAACAGUCAUGAGAGGAUUUUCUGCAGAGCUCCGCUGCAAAGACAAACUGAGCGUUCCCACUGCCACCUACAGCUGGUACAAAGACAACAAACCACUUCACACUAGCAGUCUCCCUGAAAUCAACUACACCCUGGACCCCAAAACAGGGACUCUGAAGUUCAAGGCGGUGUCAAAAUCUGAUGAGGGUCAGUACCGAUGUGAGGCCUCCAAUGGGGUGGGGGCACCCAAAAGUUGUGCAGGUCGGCAUAUGAAGAUAACUGAAUUCGAGCUGAAUAUGACAGUACUUAUAGCAAUAGAAGUGGGAGCGUUCCUGUUGCUCCUGUCCUGCUGUGUUGCCAUCUGUCUGUGCUGCAGAAGAGGCUGCUGUUGUUGCUGCCGCAAGAAUAAAGGAGAAACAAAACAAAGAACAAAUACCAGCUAUAACCCUCCAGACCCGAGACAUUACAAACAUACACAAUCCUUUGUGCUAUGAAGUGUGCACAUACUGGACAGUGCUGUGCUAAAAAUGAAGUGAAUGAAAGUGACCUCAAAAACUAGAGAACCAUAUCUUACAUCAAGUGCACUUGUACUGUAUAUCUCCAUGUUUUGAUGGCCUAUAAGAGAAGAAAACACGCCCCCUGGUGUUGAGGUCCAUCCACAACAGACCUACAUUUUGGUUAAUCUCUGCAGUUUCUUUUGUAUUACUGUAAAAAGCUUUUUAUUUUCCAAUUUAAGAGUAUUGAGAGCAUUAUGUAGUAUUUUAAUUGUCUCAUAUCUGUUUGAUUUCUCACACCUAGGGUUUAUAGAUACUGUAAAUGUUGCACUAUUACAUACUAGAUUUGUCCUACUCAGGUUCAGGCAAUGGUCGUCAAGCCACUGAGCAGAGGACCAAUUUUUUUGUGAUGGUCCACUUGAUUUGAGCAGAAACAAGCUUGACUUGUCUCAGGAUGUCUCUAAAGUCUUUAAUCAUCAUACACUCAAUGUUUAGUAGAAAUUAGUCACAAGCACCUUUACUUGUUUCUAAACAUUUCAUUCAGAAGUAGGCUAUCAUUUGUUGUCUGAUGAGGGGUAUUUCUCAAUGAGAUGCAAUUUGCUAAGAACUGACUUGCAUUGAUAGGGGACACACACACACACAAAAAAAGUCAUUUCUGAAAAUAUCUUCUUUCACAUGCUCCACAUAAGCAACAAAGCUAUAAAGGUAUGGAACAAACAUAAGGUUGUGUAAAUGAUGACAGAAUUUUAAUUCUAACAUCUUCUAGACAAAGAUCUGAUAUAAUUUAACUAUUUGUUUUAGCUGAUGUGUGGCUCAAAUGAAUCAACAGUGUCUCCAAAAACUAGAUGUUCUGGUCUUUUGUUACAUUAACUGGAAAUGUAAAAUAAAGUAAAUGCAAAAUUCA